GGCGCACUCCAAUGGGCGGCGCCGGGGCGACCUGGUGUUCCCGGCGGCCCGUGCGUCGGCGGUGGUUGGGUGGUAAGAUGGCGGCUGUGAGUCUGCGGCUCGGCGAUUUGGUGUGGGGGAAACUCGGCCGGUAUCCUCCUUGGCCAGGAAAGAUUGUUAAUCCACCCAAAGACUUGAAGAAACCACGUGGAAAGAAAUGCUUCUUUGUGAAGUUUUUUGGAACAGAAGAUCAUGCCUGGAUCAAAGUGGAACAGCUAAAGCCAUACCAUGCACACAAGGAGGAAAUGAUAAAGAUUAACAAGGGGAAACGAUUCCAGCAGGCUGUGGAUGCUGUCGAAGAGUUCCUCCGGAGAGCCAAAGGGAAAGACCAGACGCCGUCCCACAGUUCUGCUGAUGACAAGAAUCGGCGUAACUCCAGUGAGGAGAGAAGUAGGCCAAACUCAGGUGAUGAGAAGCGGAAGCUUAGCCUGUCUGAAGGGAAGGUGAAGAAGAACAUGGGAGAAGGAAAGAAGAGGGUGUCUUCAGGCUCAUCAGAGAGAGGCUCCAAGUCCCCUCUGAAAAGAGCCCAAGAGCAGAGUCCCCGGAAACGGGGUCGGCCCCCAAAGGAUGAGAAGGAUCUCACCAUCCCUGAGUCUAGUACCGUGAAGGGGGUGAUGGCUGGACCGAUGGCCGCGUUUAAAUGGCAGCCGACUGUGAGCGAGCCUGUGAAAGAUGCAGACCCUCAUUUCCAUCAUUUCCUGCUCAGCCAAACUGAGAAGCCAGCUGUCUGUUACCAGGCAAUCACAAAGAAGUUGAAAAUAUGUGAAGAGGAAACUGGGUCCACCUCCAUCCAGGCAGCAGACAGCACGGCCGUGAAUGGCAGCAUCACACCCACAGACAAAAAGAUAGGAUUUUUGGGCCUUGGCCUCAUGGGAAGUGGCAUCGUCUCCAACUUGCUAAAGAUGGGUCACACAGUGACUGUCUGGAACCGGACUGCAGAAAAAUGUGAUUUGUUCAUCCAGGAGGGGGCCCGCCUAGGAAGAACCCCCGCUGAAGUCGUUUCAACUUGUGACAUCACCUUUGCCUGCGUGUCCGAUCCAAAGGCAGCCAAGGACCUGGUGCUGGGCCCCAGUGGUGUGCUGCAGGGGAUCCGCCCCGGGAAGUGCUACGUGGACAUGUCAACAGUGGAUGCUGACACAGUCACCGAGCUGGCCCAGGUGAUUGUGUCCAGGGGGGGCCGCUUUCUGGAAGCCCCAGUCUCAGGGAAUCAGCAGCUGUCUAAUGAUGGGAUGUUGGUGAUCUUAGCAGCCGGAGACAGGGGCUUGUAUGAGGACUGCAGCAGCUGCUUCCAGGCAAUGGGAAAGACCUCCUUCUUUCUAGGUGAGGUUGGCAAUGCUGCCAAGAUGAUGCUGAUUGUGAACAUGGUACAGGGAAGCUUCAUGGCCACCAUCGCUGAGGGGUUAACCCUGGCCCAAGUGACAGGCCAGUCCCAGCAGACACUCUUGGACAUCCUCAAUCAGGGACAGUUGGCCAGCAUCUUCCUGGACCAGAAGUGCCAAAAUAUCCUGCAAGGGAACUUUAAGCCCGAUUUCUACCUGAAGUACAUUCAGAAGGAUCUCCGUUUAGCCAUUGCCCUGGGGGAUGCCGUCAACCAUCCUACUCCUAUGGCAGCUGCAGCCAAUGAGGUGUACAAAAGAGCCAAGGCACUGGACCAGUCUGACAACGACAUGUCUGCCGUGUACCGAGCCUAUAUACACUAAGCCCUCGAUACCCCACCCCUGCUCCCCAGUCUUCCCUCUGACCCCUCCUCCUCACAUGGGGUUGGGGUCCUGGGACUUAACUCUGGACCAGUCCACCUGUCUCCAUCUCCUUUUAUACAGACUUUGAGACUUGCCAUCAGCACAGCACACAGCGUCACUCCUCCCCUGGAGGUCCUGGGGAGGGGAGGGGUGUCAGCAGGAUUGGCCUUUGGGAAAGCUCUUGAGCUGGGCACUGGCCCCGGACUAGGUGGCUGUGUGUUCAUACACACACACACACACACACACACACACACACACACACAUACAGAGAAAUACACAAUACACACAACCCCUACAUACCACACACUGGCUCUCGCCCCAGGAUAGAACCUGCCCAGAAAGUGCUGCCUGGCUUUUUUUUUUUUUUUUUCCUUCUGAGCUUGUCUUAUCUCAGACCCUUUCCAUUCAAGGAACUAGAAUCAGCAGAAAGAACUGGAAGCCUUUCCACCGCUUCCUUCCCUCAGAGCAAAGAGGCUGUGGUUACGUCCACAUCCCCCUACCGGAUCCUGCGUGUGAAAAAGAGGCUCUGGGGCAAGAUGAGCCACACCGACUCCAAACAGGGUCUUCAUGGGCCCUCCAACCUCAGGUGACCAGCUGAUGAGGAUUGUCAUGUUUAAGCUACCAGUGUGCAACCAACUCUCCAUAAAUGCCUUUGUGAACUGAAAAGAGAUUGGCGAAGUUGAGCAGACGCAGGGCUCUGGCUCCCUGGGGAGAGCAGCAGAUCGCCAGCACAUUAGGUGAGCCUCAUGGAAGCCUGCUCUCCUCGCCGCUCUUGAGCUCCUGUCCCAGAAGUCACCGUCACUGCAGAGCCCUGGGCUGGGAUCAGACUUCCUUGCUUUGGUGUAGGGGGAGCUUACUCCUCACCAGGCUCUCUUAGUAUUUGGAUUUGCAUUCCAGCCCUUGGGAAGGGGAUCCUGAGGGCCACCAGGGAGGAGUGAAGAGGGAGGAGAGGGGUUCCUUCCUGUUUUCCGUUAUGCUGCAGACUCCCACCUGGUUCUCAAGAGUCACUCUGACUGGGUCCCCUCACAGCAGUCUCACCCACUCCGCCCUACUCCUGUACAUGUUCCCCACCUGCCCGCCUCUUCAUUCUCUCUUCCUCAUUUUCUUCCUGUGGAGACAGUGUUUUCUGUCCCUUCUUUGGCCCAGACCCAGCCUGACCAAUGACAGCCAUUUCUUAGGCUCAGCUCUUGAAACAGGAACGAGUGUCUUCACUUCAGCCAGAAGCAUGGUCUUCGAUGCUUCCAGGGCCCCAGGGUCUCUCGGGAGGGAAGAGAACUGGGUCUGACCCAAUCUGAACUAUCUAACCCUCAGAGGUGGACCUGAGACAUCCUCAAGACCCUAACAUUUCUCCUUGGAUAGGGGACCAGAGGGGCUUGGAAUGUGGCGUAAAAACAAGGAGAAGUCACCUAAAGGAUGUCAAUGUUCUCUUCCUCUGCUUGGGUUGCAUUUUCCAAAGUCACACUUUGCAGGUCAGCAUUUCUAGUGAAUAUACAGAAUGAGACCACACGGGUGUGGACCCCUCCCCCUCAACCUUGGCCCUUUUUCGCUGAUCAGAAACCAGGCAAGGGAUCUCAGAAGACAUAGGGGGAGGGCAGGGAAGAUGCUGCGUGUUUUUGGCAUAACUUCACUGGGAUUUGGAAUUCUUUUCUGUCUGAACACAAAGCCUGUUCUAGUCCUAGCCGGACACUUCGGGGAGGGUGGGGGUGGGGAGAAUACUGUAAUGAAACUGGUUAGUCAAUGUUGUCUUAAUAUUGUUGACAAUUCUGUAAAGUUUCUUUUUAUGAGUAUUUCGUUUAAGCUAUUUCACCUUUGUUUUGAAAUCCUUCCCUUUUAGGAGAAAAUGUGACACUUGUGAAAAAGCUUGUAAGAAAGCCCCUCUUCCAUGACCCUUUUUUUUUUUCCUUUAAACCUCCUUUAAAUGACAAAUCUAGGUAAUUAAGGUUGUGAAUUUUUAUUUUUGCUUUGUUUUUAAUGAACAUUUGUCUUUCAGAAUAGGAUUGUGUGAUAAUGUUUAAAUGGCAAAAACAUGAUUUUGUGCAAUUAACAAAAAGCUACUGCAAGCAAAAUAAAACCUUUAUUGGUAACACAA